CUGGAUGUUGGGCGGGGUCUGAGGAGUCACGGAGAGCCGGGGGGAAGUCAGAUUGAAGCGGAGGGACCAGAACCCGCACGGAUCCCGCAGCUGCCGGACCAGGAGCCACCGAACCGACAGGCGGACUCUCCGGGCCACGGACCGGGCCACACGCGGAGCGACAGCCGGGAGGAUGGGCCGGAGCUGCGGCCGUCCGUAGCGCACUGUUCUCGGGCUCGGAGCUCCAGGAUGAGCUUGGCGCUGCAGGACCUCCGGAACACUAUGUCCAACUACAAGCGAGCAACAUUUGAGGAGGAGGAGGGCUCAGAUGCUCCGGCUGAGGUGGCCUCAUCUCCCGACAGAAUGGAGGUGGGCUUCAGGAAAGGGGGCGUGGAUAUCCUGGGCAGGAGGACUCAGUUGGAGGUUCUGCUCUCAGUCCUGCUGCUGGUCUCCCUGCUGGCGCUGCUCGCCUGCCUGGUGGUUCUGGGACUCGGAUUCAGUUCAGACAGUGGGCGUGGCCUGUGCCUAUCACAGGCAUGCAUCACGGUGGCGAGUCAGAUUGUGGAGGCGAUGGACCGCGGCGUCGACCCCUGCCAGGACUUCUACCAGUACGCCUGCGGUGGCUGGAUAAGGAAGAACCCACUGCCCGAUGGACGCUCUCGCUGGUCCACCUUCAACAGUAUCUGGGAGCAGAAUCAGGCGCUGCUCAAACACCUGCUGGAGAACGGGACGUUUAAUGGCAGCAGCGAAGCCGAGAGGAAGACCCAGUCCUACUACCUGUCCUGCCUCAACACGCAGAGGAUCGAGGAGCUGGGAGCUCAGCCUCUCAUAGACCUCAUCGCCAAGAUUGGGGGCUGGAACAUGACUGGUCCGUGGGACAAGGACAACUUCAUGGAGGUUUUGAAGACGGUGUCGGGUCCGUACAAAGCUCAGCCGUUCUUCAGCGUCGGAGUCAGCGCUGACCUCAAGAACUCCAACAGUAACGUGAUCCAGGUGGACCAAUCAGGACUCUUCCUACCAUCCAGAGACUACUACCUUAACAAGACAGCCAAUGAGAAGGUGCUGGUGGCGUACCUAGACUACAUGGUGGAGCUGGGGAUGCUGCUGGGGGGCGAGAAGACUUCGACUCACCUUCAGAUGCAGCAGAUUCUUGAGCUUGAGACAACAUUGGCCAACAUCACUGUCCCACAGGACCAGCGGCGAGACGAGGAGAAGAUCUACCACAAAACCACCAUCGCUGAGCUGCAGCUGCUGGCUCCAGCUGUGGACUGGUUGGACUUCCUGACAUUCUCUUUGUCUCCACUGGACCUGAACGAUACAGAACCCGUGGUUCUUUACGCCAGAGAGUACCUGCAGCAGGUGUCCGAGCUCAUCAACAAGACCGACAAAAGUCUGCUGAACAACUACAUGAUGUGGACUCUGGUUCAGAAGAGCGUGGCCACUCUGGAUCAGCGCUUCGAGAACGCUCAGGACAAACUGCUGGAGAGUCUCUACGGAACCAAGAAGUCAUGCACCCCACGCUGGCAGACCUGUAUUGGGAACACUGACGACACUCUGGGCUUUGCUUUGGGGGCGCUCUUCGUCAAGUCGACCUUCGACAAACGCAGUAAAGAGAUUGCGGAGGUAAUGAUCAACAAGAUCCGCUCAGCAUUUAAAGAAUCUUUGGACCGACUCAGCUGGAUGGACGGUGAUACAAGAAAAGCUGCCAAAGAUAAGGCAGAUGCAAUCUAUGACAUGAUUGGUUUCCCAGAAUACAUCCUGGACCAGAAAGAGCUGGACGAUGUUUACGACGGGUAUGAUGUAUCGGAUGACAGCUUCUUCCAGAAUAUGCUGAACUUCUACAACUUCUCAGCCCGAGUCAUGGCCGACCAACUGAGGAAGACUCCCAACAAAGACCAAUGGAGCAUGACUCCUCCUACAGUGAAUGCCUACUACAUGCCCACUAAGAACGGCAUUGUCUUCCCCGCUGGGAUCCUACAAGCUCCUUUCUACGCCCACGACCACCCCAAAGCAUUGAACUUUGGUGGCAUCGGGGUAGUGAUGGGUCACGAGCUGACUCAUGCCUUCGAUGAUCAGGGUCGUGAGUAUGACAAAGAGGGGAACCUGAGGCCAUGGUGGCAGAACUCAUCUGUGGCUGCAUUCCGGCAGAGAACCGAGUGUAUGAUGGACCAGUACAACCACUACCUCGUCAACGGAGAACACGUGAACGGGAAGCAGACACUUGGAGAAAACAUCGCCGACAACGGAGGGCUGAAAGCUGCGUAUCACGCGUACCGCUCCUGGAUCCAGAAAAACGGCGAUGAGAAGAGACUCCCUGCUGUCAACCUGACCAAUGAUCAGCUGUUCUUCGUGGGGUUUGCACAGGUCUGGUGCUCGGUUCGAACACCGGAGAGCGCUCACGAGGGCCUGGUGACCGACUCCCACAGCCCCCCAAGAUACAGAGUCAUCGGCACUCUGGCCAACUCUCCGGACUUCAGCCGCCACUUCAGCUGUCCGGAGGGGACGCCGAUGAACACCGGCAAGCGCUGCGAGGUCUGGUAG